AUGGUUAUGGCACGUUUUCUAAUGGCAAAUGUAAUUGAUCAAUUACUUGAACAUCAAAAUCAAAAUGCUAAUAUUACAUAUCUUUUAUCUUUAUGUGAAUACGGUGAUCUACAUUUACGUGGUGCAUGUGCAAAUUUACUUGUUACAUUAAUUAAAACAACAAAUCAUCUUUUAACACUAUCAUUAUUAUCAAAUUUAUUUAAUAAUUCUUUUAUUAAUUAA